GCAUUUCCGGUGGCCAUCCCCGCGGCGCUGACACCUCCGAAGUGCGGCUGUCCCAGGGUCUUCUUGCCGUCAUGAAGGACGUACCUGGCUUUCUGCAGCAGAGCCAGAGCUCCGGGCCCGGCCAGGCCGCCGUGUGGCACCGUCUGGAGGAGCUCUACACGAAGAAGUUGUGGCAUCAACUGACACUUCAGGUGCUUGAUUUUGUGCAGGACCCAUGCUUUGCCCAAGGAGAUGGCCUCAUUAAGAAUGAAAGACAUCCUGUAAUUACUCUGCAUGUUUUGGUUCCACAGCUUUAUGAAAACUUCAUCAGUGAAUUUGAACACAGGGUGAAUCCUUUGUCCCUGGUAGAAAUCAUUCUUCAUGUAGUUAGACAGAUGACUGAUCCCAACGUGGCUCUUACUUUUCUGGAAAAGACUCGUGAAAAGGUGAAAAGCAGUGAUGAGGCAGUGAUCCUGUGUAAAACCGCAAUCGGAGCUCUGAAAUUAAACAUCGGGGACCUACAGGUUACAAAGGAGACAAUUGAAGACGUUGAAGAGAUGCUCAACAACCUCCCUGGCGUGACAUCAGUUCACAGUCGUUUCUACGAUCUCUCUAGUAAAUACUAUCAAACAAUCGGAAACCACGCAUCCUACUACAAAGAUGCUCUGCGGUUUCUAGGCUGUGUCGACAUCAAGGAUCUUCCAGUGUCUGAGCAGCAGGAGAGAGCUUUCACGCUGGGACUAGCAGGACUUCUUGGCGAGGGAGUUUUUAACUUUGGAGAACUCCUCAUGCACCCCGUGCUGGAAUCACUGAGGAACACCGACCGCCAGUGGCUGAUUGACACCCUUUAUGCCUUUAACAGUGGCAACGUAGAGAGAUUCCAGACCCUGAAGACCUCCUGGGGCCAGCAGCCUGACUUGGCAGCCAACGAAGCCCAGCUUCUGAGGAAAAUUCAGCUGUUGUGCCUCAUGGAGAUGACUUUCACACGACCUGCCAAUCACAGACAACUCACUUUUGAAGAAAUUGCCAAAAGUGCUAAAAUCACCGUGAACGAGGUGGAGUUGCUGGUGAUGAAGGCGCUCUCAGUGGGGCUGGUGAAAGGCAGUAUUGAUGAAGUGGAUAAGCGGGUUCACAUGACCUGGGUGCAGCCCCGCGUGUUGGAUUUGCAACAGAUCGCGGGCAUGAAGGACCGCCUGGAGUUCUGGUGCACCGACGUCAGGAGCAUGGAGAUGCUGGUGGAGCACCAGGCCCACGACAUCCUCACCUAGCGCCCCCACCUGGCCCGUGUGUGGCAGCUGAGGCCAUCUGCAUUUAAUGGGGGUGGGGGGUGGGGUUGUGUUUGUGGAACGGGAACUGUUCUUCCUGCUGUGAGAACAGGACUGUCACCGAUGGGGUGCGCGGCCACAGAUAGAAGCCUCCUUUGUGGAGGUCUCCUGUAGCCCGCAGUGGGGAGGGGUCACCAGUCUCUGGUGACCAGGCAGGCGCGAGCGUGCACGUGCCCCGAGGAGCGAGAAGGCGCCACCCUGAGUGCGUGGGGACACCACUCAGAAGUUCGUCUCCAUCCCAUCCACCUGUGUGAAUAUCUCUGGUGUCGUUUGAGAAUGUUCCUGUAAUAAACGCACUUGUUUUGUCCUUUU